AUGCAUCUGUCAACCCUUCUCAUCGCUGCAUCAAGCAUCUACAAUGCCGUUCCCUGCUUGGCAACCUCCCAGGACACACUGGCUCCCCCUCCACCCACGAAGCCUCGCUACACGUUCGAUGACUUGUGGAAACUGGAAAAAAAAUUCUGGGAUAAUUUCCUCUACCCAGCAAAUUUGAAGCAGACGCAGGGGAACGAAUCAACUGUGUUUACAAAAGAUGUGCAAGGUCGAGUAGAUAUUACUCGCACAUUCGACGGGGAUGAACUCAACCGAGAAUACAUUUUCGGUCUCUUUUCCGACCCGAAUCAUGUCAGUCUUGUGGGAGUCCCCAUCGACUAUAGCAUCACCCAGUUCGCUGCCAACGACAACAUCGCCAGCGCCACGACGGUGGUUACUUUCAAUGCGACGACGUUUGGAAUUCUCCUGCCCGUGACGAUCGAUACCUGGAUCGCAUUCAACGAGGACGGGAAAAUUGAGCAAUAUGACGCGACUUUCCGAUGGUUCGAGUAUCUGCUGGAUUUGAUCCUGGAUAGUGUUGGCAAGAAGAUCAACGCGACUUCCCCUACUCAGACUGUGGCCUACAUGUCUGACCUUUUGGCCAAGACGAUCUGUGCCACUCAUGAAGCAUCCUGUACGGGUGCGAACCAGCAAUACAACAGCACCGAAGCCUGUUAUAAAUAUCUGACUGAGUCUGUGCGCUUCGGCAAGAGCUACGAGCUCGGUCGGAACACCCUUUUAUGUCGCGAGGUCCACGAGCACAUGGUCCCCUACCGACCGGACGUCCACUGUUCCCAUAUUGGACCGUCGGGGGGUAGCUACUGCGUCGACGAUACCAGCUACAGUCAGACUGUGCUGGCGAAAUACUUUAAUGAAUCGUGGAUUCCAUUUGGCUAUGGGAAGGACCAAAACGUGUGGUUAGCUUGA